AUGCCAAACAUCGUUGUUUUGGGUGCUGGUGUCUCUGGCCUGACAACCGCCUACCUUCUCUCAAAGGAUCCAGCGAAUAAGAUCACCGUUCUGGCUAAGCACAUGCCCGGUGACUAUGAUAUUGAAUAUGCUUCUCCCUGGGCCGGUGCCAAUUACAUGCCAGUGGGCAAGCAGGGAACUGAUCAUGAACGCUGGGAGCGAGAGACCUGGCCCUACCUGAAGGAAAUCACAGAGAAGUACCCGGAGGCGGGAAUUCACUUCCUCGGCACUCUUAUCUACAACCGUAAGAAAGAUCAGGAGUCGGAUACCGGCAAAUGGUUUGCGGAAUUGACCCAGCCAGACCCCUGGUACAAAGACGUUGUGCCUGAUCUGGCCCCGGGGGUUGAUAAUGCCCAGGAAUUCACGUCUGUCUGUAUUAAUACGGCCGUCUACCUGCCCUGGCUCGUCGGCCAGUGCGUCAGAUCCGGAGCGGUCGUCAAGCGUGCUGUAAUCAAACACAUUGCCGAUGCUGCAAACGAACAUCAUACCGGCCAAAAGGCCGAUCUAAUUGUUAACUGCACUGGUCUCUCGGCCAAGACCCUCGGAGGCGUCAUGGACAGCAAGAUGCACCCUGCUCGGGGUCAGAUCGUAGUUGUCCGCAAUGAUCCCGGUCCCAUGGCUUCUGUGUCCGGGACAGAUGAUGGAGAGACCGAGUGCCUGUACAUUAUGACCCGUGCUGCAGGUGGUGGCACUAUCCUGGGAGGUUCUUAUCAGAAGCACAACUGGGAUCCCCUGCCAGACCCAAAUCUCGCCAAUCGAAUUAUGAAGCGUGCUAUCGCGUUGGAUCCUUCUCUGGUCAAGCCUGGUCAGGGCAUCGAGGGUCUUGAUAUCAUCCGACAUGGCGUUGGCUUGCGACCUUUGCGCGAGGGUGGCACUCGCAUUGAGAAGGAUGAAGUCAAUGGUGUCAAGGUCGUUCAUAACUAUGGCCAUGGUGGGUUCGGAUACCAAGCUUCCUUUGGUUGUUCGGUAGAGGCUGUGGCGCUGGUCAAGGAGGCGCUUCAGAGCGGACCCCGAGCCAAGCUCUGA